AUGGACACUUCAAAGAUCCGGACCUUUUUCAGAAAUUGGAUUCUGGCUGGAACUGCUGGUACCUUCGUUAGGACAGUUACCUGUCCUAUAGAACGAGUGAAAAUCAUCAUACAGACGCAAGAUUUGUCGCCCCAAUUUCGUGAACUUGGCAUUCAUCCAUACAAGGGUUUCUGGGACUGUUUUAAUCGUGUUCGUCAAGAACAAGGUUUACUGAGUUACUGGCGAGGCAAUUUCGCCAACAUGGUGCGCUACCUUCCUUCUGUUGCUUUUAGUUUCGCUUUCAACGACCUAUUUAAGGAGUACAUUGCCCCCGAAACUCUGAGAUCUGUUUCUUUAAUAAACCGCCUUGGACGUGAAAUGCUUUGUGGAGCACUAGCUGGAUUUUCUGCUCACACUUUGGUCCAGCCCAUAAGAUUGUGUCACACGCUGAUGUGCGCCGACGUUUCAUCUUGUCGUGUGUUCACGGGUUUAUCAAACUGUAUACUUCGAGUUUAUAAUCGCUACGGAAUAAGUGGCUUGUAUUCUGGAUAUUCCUGCAGUGUUUUUGGAAUGUCUCUUUAUCGAAGUGUAUAUUUUGGCAUUUUUAAAACAAGUAAAUAUUAUGCUGAAAGUUAUUAUGGUUCAAGGCCCCCAUUCAUAGUAAUGUGGCCUCUGGCACAGGUGGGGACUCUCCUUGCAGGCUGUCUCUCAUACCCAUUGGACACCAUCUCACGUAACCAGCAAAUGUCUUUAUAUCCAUGUGGACCUGGAGGGAGUCAAAGAAGUUUGACAGAAACUGUUCGUCAAUUAAUACAAAGUAAAGGUUUAUUUGCCCUUUAUAAAGGUGUUUCAAUCAAUUCUGUUCGGAGUGUAGGCAGUUCACUAGUUCUUGUUCUUUACGAUGAAAUUCAGUUUAGAUUUUUUAGAUCAAAAGAAAAGGAUGUCAACUCUCUAGUAACUUUUGAACAGCGCCAGUACUGGAAAACACAAAUCCCAGGAAAAGGAGAGUGAUAUGGCGAUGAAGAGUAAAAUCUAACACUUCACUCUGCAAGAUAGCAACCACACAACACUUUCAUUUGCUGCAUCAGAACAGGA